AUGUCAGCUGAAAAUACUACUACUGCCUGGGCCGGUGUUGCUAACGGCAAGCCCCUUACAAAGAUGGAAUUGACACUGAAGCAAUGGGAUGAUGAUUCCGUCAACUUGGAUGUCACUCAUUGUGGUAUUUGUGGCUCUGAUGUUCACACUUUAGACGAAGGAUGGGGACCUACAGACUUCCCUUGUGUGGUCGGUCAUGAGAUUGCAGGUGUUGUCACCAAAGUAGGCAAGAAUGUCACAAAUGUCAAGGUGGGAGACCGUGCUGGUGUUGGUGCACAAUCUGGAGCCUGCCACAAAUGUGAAAUGUGUUUAGACGGCCAAGAAAACGUGUGUCAAGGAGGUAUCGUUUAUACCUACAGCUCUAAAUGGCCUUCUGGUGACAAAUCUCUUGGUGGCUAUGCUGAUAAAUGGAGAGGUGAUUACCGUUUCGUAUUCAAGAUUCCUGACAACUUAACAAAUGAAACUGCUGCUACUUUCUUCUGCGCUGGUAUCACUACAUUUGCCCCGCUAAGUCGUGCCAACAUCAUCCCAGGCAAGUCCGUCGUGGGUAUCAUGGGUAUUGGUGGUCUGGGUCAUUUUGGUGUUCAGUUUGCCAAGGGUAUGGGUGCUAAAGUUGUUGCUAUAUCUCAGAGUGAGCGCAAGCGUGAUGUAGCUAAAGAGCUUGGCUGCGAUGAUUACAUCAAUGCACAAAAUAAAGAGGAUAUGGAGAAGCAUGAUAGUACAUUAACACACAUCCUCUGUACUGGUAAUGGUCCCGAUUUCCAAUGGAGAACCUAUUUUGCUCUCAUGAAGCCAAAUGGUCAUUUCAUCAACGUCAGUGCUCCCGAUUGGGAUUUCCCAGGCAUGAAUGCCUUUGAUUUACUUUUAAAGCAAAUUCAUAUUUCAGGCUCUGGUAUCGGAUCCCCCAAAGAAAUGGAAAAGAUGCUUCAAUUUGCAGCCGAUAAGAAUAUUAAGCCAUGGAUUCAAAAAUACAAAAUGGAUGAUGUGAAUCAAGCCAUAAAGGAUUUUAGAGCUGGAAAGCCCAGAUUCAGAUACGUCUUAGUAAAUUAA